AUGGAGAGUGAGACGGGGCCAGGGGAAGGCAGCAUCACCCCGGGAUCCUGGAUCUUAGUUGUGAGCGCGGGUCCUCAGGAGGGAGGGGCUCUGGGGCCUAGCAGCCCGGUGGGGGCGGCAGAGUCCAUGCAGGCCCCAGGUGGUGUGCCAGGCGUGGAGGCCACCCUCUACUGGGUGGAGGCAGUGGAGGAAGGUGCUGCCCUGGAGGAGGGAGAGGUAUCGGGAAUGGGGCAGGAUGUGCAGCUGUUGGUGUUAGACGUCAUGGAGGAGGUGGAGCUGGUGGUGUACGAGGAGCAGGAGCAGGUGUCCUCGGAGGAGCAGUGCCAGGAACAUCCAAGGCCCGGAGCUCCGAGUGACCGGCCUGCACUGGAGGCGCUGGCGGCCCUGCAGCUGGAGAUGGAGCCGGUGAAUAAGCAAGCCGAAAGGGCGCAUGCUCGCCUGAAACAUAAGAACUGUCAGAGGCGGACGCUCCAUCUAGAACACAGAAGCGCCAUCAUCCGGGGAAUCCGUGGUUUCUGGGUCGAGGUUUUUAUGAACCACCCCCAAAUGUCACGUAUGAUGACCAACCAAGACCGAAACAUGCUUCACUUCAUGACCAACUUGAAGGUGGAGGAACUCCGGCAUCCCACUCAUCACUGCACGAUCACAUUGUCCUUUCGGAGGAAUAGGUAUCUCCAAAAUGAAGAGGUUGUUAAGGAGUAUCUCGUUAAUGUCACUGGAUACCGAGCAUCCCAUUCCACUCCAAUUCAGUGGCACCAGGGCUUUGAACUUAAGGCAUACAGACGCAGGCACCACGACAGCAGCGUUAACUUCUUUAACUGGCUCUCUGACCACAACUUCACAGGAACUGACCGGAUUGCUGAGAUCAUCAUAACAGAGCUGUGGCCCAAUCCUUUGCAGUACUAUGUGAGGAGGAAGGCUCCACCACGAGAGGAACUGGGAGGACGAGAGGUGAGGAGCCCAGGGGAGAUUUUGAGAAACUUAAGGAUGGAGUGUCCCCUUUUACCUAAACUAGAAUACCUAAGAAGCUGCUUCACGUGCAGAUCAAUGGCCACCAUAAGGCUCUUGGACGGGAGAGUACUGAAGAGUGGUCUGGAUCGAGUGGAACGGAUCGAGAGGGAGACACAAGCUCAAAAGAGAAGCCAAGUGAGGAGCGUUAUUCACUGUUUCCCUCCAGUGCCUGAUCUCACGAGGGUGUGGUGGUGUCUUCAAGAUCGAAGCAAGGCCGAGUUGGACCUGAUGGAGCUAAGUGAGUCUGUCCAGCAGCAGUCUGCUUCUGUCCCUCUCCUCUCCCCCAAGCGGCAGAUUCACAGCAGAUAA